AUGGCGUUGCAGUGGUUGAUACUCACAUAUGUGGUCGCGGCUGAGGCUGCGGUGGCCAUUCUGCUAACCCUUCCCACACCCAAACUCCUCCGGAACCGUUUCGCCUCCCUCGUUUCCCUCAUUCUUCAACCCGCGCUUUUCAUCGUCCCCUUUGCGGGAUUCCACCUCCUAGAUAUAUACUGGAAGAAUGAGCAUCGCUUGAUGUGUACCUCUGAAGUUUGCACUGCUGCGGAGAGGGAUCGAUAUGAGAAAUCUAUAUACAAGGCUCAGAGGAAUGUAAUACUGUGUGUUACAUCAAUUCUUCUUUACUGGUCUAUCAGCCGUAUUUGCAAGUAUCAGAAGGAGGUGGAGAGUAUGGAGGAAGUGGAGAAGAGAUACAAGUCCCAGUAG